GCACCACAUGGGUAACCCUUACCGGACCCACGACGAGGUCGCGGCUCUGUACGAGUCGUGGUUGGUCCAUCAUGGAAAAGCGUACAACGCUAUCGGCGAGAAAGAGCGGCGGUUUGAGAUUUUCAAGGAUAAUCUCAGGUUCAUCGAUGAACAUAACCGGGAAUCGCGGAGUUAUAAGGUUGGAUUGACUCGUUUCGCUGAUCUCACCAAUGAUGAGUAUCGGGCCAUGUUUUUGGGCGGCCGAUUCUCCCCAAUGCCUCGCCUAUCCGCCGCUAAGAGCAGUAGGUACGCGACGGCUGUCGGCGAUGAUCUUCCGGAUGAUGUCGAUUGGAGAAAGAAGGGCGCUGUUACGGCUGUUAAAGAUCAAGGACAGUGUGGUGAGUUCUGUUUUCCUCUUAUUUUGCAGCAUUUUUGUUUAACUGAUCCGAUGGAUUCUUGGAGGCUUGUUAGGAGAGGUCUUAUGGACUAUGAUAGAACAUAUAACAUGGGUUGCAAUGGUGGUCUUAUGGACUAUGCUUUCCACUUCAUCAUUGACAAUGGUGGAAUCGACACCGAGAAAGAUUACCCUUACAAGGCCCGUGAUGACACUUGUGAUCCCGACCGCGUUCGUGUUGUUGAAAUAGAUGGGCAUGAAGAUGUUCCUGAGAUUAAUGAGAGGUUGUUGAAGACGGCUAUGGCAGGUCAACCAGUUAGUGUUGCCAUUGAAGCUGGUGGCAGAGCCUUCCAACUUUACCAAUCGGGUGUCUUCACUGGGCGUUGUGGAACCGAUCUGGAUCACGGUGUUCUUGCUGUUGGGUACGGUAGAGAAGACGAUUUAGACUACUGGAUUGUAAAGAAUUCGUGGGGAGAAAAAUGGGAAGAGGACGGUUAUAGCAAGAUGGAGAGAAAUGUGGCAAACACUACCUCAGGUAAGUGUGGUAUAGCCUUACAGGCAUCAUACCCCAUCAAGACCGGAAAGAACCCUCCAAAAGAUAUGAGAAGUGUAUGCUCGAUGAGAAUCCGCUCGAUCAUUAAACUGUGA